UUGAAUAGUUUAAACUGUAUUAAAAAGUAAUAUAUAAUGAUAACAACCACCAAUAAAUGUUAUCAGGUUCAUUAGACUGUGUAAUAAGGGGAUAUAGAAACAAAGAGCGGCAUCACGAGGAGGAUUUGACGAGGAGCGUGAAGAAUGGUUUCGAAAGGCGUUUUAAUUUUCACAGUUUUGACUGCAACAUGCUCAAGUCAAAUCAUCAGAUAUAACAUCAAUCACCAUUGUCUUGGUGGGACUGGUGGUGUAUUCGAAUGUGAUCGUUUAAAAAAUGAGAGAUACAUGCUGUCAGGCGAGAAUGUGCAAGUGAUAAUCUUCAAUCGGGUGGACAGUGACGUCGAACUUAUUAUUUCAACCACCAACUUUAAGAAGGAAUUGAAUCAAAUUAAAAUCAAAGUAGGAUUCUGCCCUCGAUUAACAAUAAGAGGAAACAUUAUUAAGCACACCACCAUAGAACAUGCAAAUAAAGAAUGUCAGUAUGAAACGUCUACAACCACAGUGUCCAGAGACAACAAACGUGACAAAGUACAAAUAUCAACAUAUCAGAGCAAUCAUGGUUCCACCACAUCAAUCAAUAAAAAACAUUUUGACUCCACCACAAUGUCAGUAAAUAACGACAAAAGACAGACCUCUGAGCAUACUUCACCUGUACAUAGCAGUUCUGCGACAGCGAGGAAUGAUGAUUCCGUCACACCUGUGCACGGUAGUACUUUGACAAUGAGAAAUGAUGAUUCCGCCACAAUGACAAUGUCAGGAAGCAACGAAGGGGACAAAAGACAGACAUCUGAGUACCAGCAUACAACACCUGUGUGUCCAGGUACAAAAUGUACUUCUACAAUUGGGGAUGGUCAUCAUGAUCAUGAGGAAACAGAAAAGGUGAAAACCUACCUUGUAUGGUUAAUUACUAUGACUGCCUGUAAGUAUAAUCAAAAGAACUAG